UGUUUGGGAUUCAUGCUAUCGAGCGUUUUGUAUCAGAUUGUGCAAUAGAGAGAAAGCAGUGCCAUCGAUGGCCUCCAAGGCUGAAGUGGAAGUGGAGGUGAAGUCUCCUGCGGACAAGUUUUGGGGAGCUAUAAGGGACUCCACAGAUCUCUUCCCCAAGAUCUUCCCUGAGCAGUACAAGAGCAUCGAGAUCGUCGAAGGUGAUGGGAAGAGCGUCGGCACCAUCCGGAUUCUGAAAUAUGCUGAAGGGUUUCCAAUUGUCACAUUCUCCAAGGAGAGGAUCGAGGUGGCGGACGAUGCAAACAAGCAGGUCUCAUGCAGUGUGAUAGAUGGGGAGCUGGUGGGCUUCUACAAAGCCUUCAAGGCCACUCUUCAAGUGGUUCCAAAGGGUGAAGGUGGCCUGGUGAAGUGGUGCCUCGACUACGAGAAAGCAAAUGAAGAGGUCCCUCAGCCGGACCUCCUCCAGGAGACGGCGGUCAAGACCUUCAAAGGCCUCGACGCUUACCUCCUCCAGAACUAAUAUGUCCGAGUUCAGCUAUUUGAUGUGUUGGUCGUGCUGGAAAUAAUGGAAGUAGUCAGGAUAUCUUUACGGUAACCAUGACUACUCGUAGCUUAUGGGAUCUUAGUGUAUCGAUUUGCUGGUAGCCAUGCUUCUCUCGCUAUGCAUGGUUAAGCAUCCUCUAUGAAUUAUCCAUUACUUUUUUUCUUAUUAAACAUCAGUAUCCAAACUUGGAUUCCUGCCAA